CCCUGUUCCCAGCACCUAGAAACCUCCCUCGGAAGUGCUCUUCCGACCACGUGAGAGAGAGAGAGAGCUGAUGUGGCGGCCCUUGUUGGACCGUACCAUCCUGAACGUGACCCCUGCUCACUGGGGGUUCAAAGAGUCUUUCUAAUUUUACCGCCCAUAGUUCUCUCCCUUCGAUUGGCGUUGGUAGCGUCCAGGCCUUGGACAAGUCCAUUACACAAUAUUUGUAGGAGUACCAGGGAUAUAUUAUCCUAUUAUUAUACCGUUUUCUCACUUUACCCCCUUGUCUUAAAUAUGCUGCGGUAUCUGAUACCCAGGGUCCAUUUUAUUUUUAAUCUAUCCAGAGAGGGAUAUUUGGUAUCUCUCCCUUUCCACCUUCCAAGAUGGUUCAGUCAGGCCUCACCUAGGGCUGCUGACUAGGGCUACCAUGUUGGACUAAACCAAACGGGUGUAUGAAAAAAGGGAGAAUUGGUUUUAAUGGGAGGUAGGGAUUGAAGUCGCGACUGGCGCUGUAGGGAGCAGGAGGGAGAAGAGGGCCGGGUGAUUAUACAGCGUGUGGCGAGAGGAAGGUGCUGAGUGAAAAAUUACACCCCCCCUCCCCACACACUAGGAGUUGGUGUGUUCUGCUUCGCCAUGCCCGCCGGGUCUCGCGCACAUGGCCCAGCACUAGGAGACUCCCCUCCCCCCUGCCUUUCCCCGGAGAGCCUGACUGAGCGCGGCCGGCCCAGCAGCGACCCCCUCCCCAUGCAGGAGACGGAGGAGAGCCAGGCGCCCGCGGCGGCCGGAGCCGAGGGGUCCGGGGACGAGCCCGAGCAGCCAGACGGUUCCCCGCAGCGGGAGGAAACGUCUUCGCCGCCGCCAUCGUCGCCCGGCUCCCAGGAGGAGCAGCCGGCGCCGCCAUCGCCCUCUUCGCGGGAGGAGCCGCCCGCUGCCGCGGAGGACGGCGGCGUCAGCCAGGAGGAGCCGCCCGGCCAGCAGACCCCCCAGGAGAAGGUGGAGGCCGGGGACCGGGAGGAGGCCGGGGACCGGGAGGAGGCCGAGCCCGAGGACGAGCCCGAGGACGACAUCUCCUUCAGCGACCCCGAGGACUUCGUGGAUGACAUCAGCGAGGAAGAAUUACUCGGUGAUGUGCUAAAAGACCAGCCACAGGAGGCAGAUGGAAUCGAUUCAGUAAUUGUAGUGGAUAACGUUCCCCAGGUUGGACCAGACCGUCUUGAGAAACUCAAGAAUGUUAUUCACAAAAUCUUUUCGAAGUUUGGGAAAAUUACCAAUGAAUUUUACCCAGAAGCAGAUGGGAAGACAAAGGGGUAUAUUUUCCUGGAGUACAUGUCCCCAGCACAUGCAGUGGAUGCUGUGAAAAAUGCAGAUGGAUACAAGUUGGACAAGCAGCACACUUUCAGAGUCAACCUUUUCACAGAUUUUGACAAAUACAUGACAAUCAGUGAAGAAUGGGACAUCCCAGAGAAACAGCCAUUUAAAGACUUGGGGAAUCUUCGCUACUGGUUGGAGGACCCAGACUGUAGGGAUCAAUACAGUGUGAUCUUUGAGUCAGGAGACCGCACUUGCAUCUAUUGGAAUGAUGCAAAGGAACCAGUUGCAAUUGAAGAAAGACCACGGUGGACGGAAACCUAUGUGCGCUGGUCUCCAAAAGGUACUUACCUGGCUACAUUCCAUCAGAGAGGCAUUGCUCUAUGGGGAGGAGAGAAGUUCAAACAGAUUCAGAGGUUCAGUCACCAGGGGGUACAGCUUAUCGACUUCUCACCUUGUGAAAGGUAUUUAGUGACCUUCAGCCCUUUAAUGGACACACAAGAUGACCCUCAGGCCAUAAUCAUCUGGGAUACCCUAACUGGACAGAAGAAGCGAGGGUUCCACUGUGAAAGCUCAGCUCAUUGGCCCAUUUUUAAGUGGAGUCAUGAUGGUAAAUUUUUUGCCCGAAUGACAUCAGACACCCUCAGCAUCUAUGAAACACCUUCCAUGGGUUUGCUGGACAAGAAAAGUUUGAAAAUCAACGGGAUAAAGGAUUUCUCGUGGUCUCCAGGGGGUAACAUAAUUGCGUUUUGGGUGCCUGAAGACAAAGAUAUCCCAGCAAGGGUGACACUGAUGCAGCUCCCCUCCAGACAAGAAAUCCGUGUGCGGAAUCUGUUCAAUGUGGUGGAUUGCAAGCUGCAUUGGCAAAAGAAUGGAGAUUAUCUGUGUGUGAAAGUAGACAGGACUCCUAAAGGUACACAGGGUGUGGUGACCAACUUUGAGAUCUUCCGAAUGAGAGAGAAGCAGGUCCCUGUGGAUGUGGUAGAAAUGAAAGAAAGUAUUAUAGCCUUUGCCUGGGAACCAAAUGGAAGCAAGUUUGCUGUAUUGCAUGGAGAGCCUCCCAGAAUUUCUAUCUCCUUUUAUCAUGUCAAAAACAAUGGGAAAAUAGAGCUUAUCAAAACGUUUGACAAGCAGCAAGCAAAUACGAUAUUCUGGAGUCCGCAAGGGCAGUUUUUAGUAUUGGCUGGCCUGAGAAGGUGAGUGUCACUACUUGACGUUCUGA